GUUCUCCACUUCCUCAAUACAUGGUCUGACAUCGCCCGAGGCGUUGGCCUGAGGGCCCCUCCCUUCCUCGAUCGCACCCUCCUCCAACCUCGGUCCCCUCUGACCAUCCUCUUCGGCCAUGUCGAGUACCUCUGCCUGCCAUCAGAAGAUCCCUCAAAGGCGGUCAUCCCCCUCGCCGAACCUAUGAUCCUAAAAAUAUCCAGAGACCAGCUCGAUUCCCUCAAGAACAGCUGCAGCGGAAACAGAGCAGGCGUCUCCACCUUCAGGGCGCUCGCGGCACACAUAUGGCGGUGCGCAUGUGUGGUCCGCAAGCUUCCAAGCUUUCGAGAGACGCGGCUGUACAUAAGCACCGAUGCUCGUAACCGCCUGAAGCCGCCGCUCCCGCCGACCUACUUGGGCAAUGCUGCCUUUCGGACGUCGGCAGUCGCGACGGCGGGGGAGGUCAUAUCUGGUCCACUGGAGCAUCUGGCUGAGAAGAUCCAUGCCGCUACUGUUCGAUCAAAUGACGAGUUCGUCAGGUCACUGAUAAACUUUUUCGAGAUAGCGAACAUGAGGCGUAUGCAUCCAAUGUCGUGGGCGCUGCGGGGCACUAACAUAUAUGUUGUUAGCUGGCUGAGGUUGCCGAUCUACGAGGCUGACUUCGGCUGGGGGAAGCCGGUCUUCAUGGCCCUGGCAAGACGGCGCUCGCCAAGUGGAAUGGUGCACAUUAUGCGCAGCCCUGGAGACGAUGGGGGGAUUUCAGUGAUGGUGGCAUUAGAGGCGGAGAACAUGCCGACGUUCAAGAAGUUGUUCUAUGAGGAGUUGGACGGGGUAGAAUCAGCUUAGUCAUGCUUUCAUUCCAGGAACUUCCUUAUGGUCUCUUUUUCAGUUUAUUUGCGUCUGGGAAUCUGCCGCUUAGCAGAGUUUCACCUAAAAUUAUUUGGAUCCUCCAAUUGCUUGUCGAUUGUGUCAUUAUCCAUGUCGUCCUUAUCUAAGCCUCUAGAUAGCCGUGGAAUGGAACGAAGUUUAGCGUUCCGUGUUUGUCUAUGAUAUCAGCAGUAUGCGUAGUAGGCAUUCAGCUAAUGGAAUCCUCUGUUAUCGCUUACGAAUUAUCUAAA